AUGACAGAGAAUUUGCAUGAAGACAGUUGCACCUCUGCCUUAGAAGCGCGUGGGCGUGCUCCCGGCUUCUCCUGCUGCCAUGGCAAUAGCGCGCUGCUCGCCAGUUUCGCGCCUCAGCAAGCUCCAGGAGAGUCGCUGAUGGCGUUGCCACGGGGUUCCCUCCCACUCAACUACUCUAGGUCUGGUCACCAGUCGCCUUCCUUAGUCACCACCUCGACCAAACAGUCCACCGUCUCCAGUACCUCCCCUAGUCCUGCGUCGCCCGCCACUAACACCAAACCCCCCAUUUCUUCGGUCGUCAUGUUAAUAGGGCGCGUUCAGGCGCGAGCGCGGGCAAACCUACUCUCCGCUAUCGCCAGCGAGCGGGCCAAGCGCUGGCGUGAGGCAAUUGAAUAUUAUAGAAAACUGCUACAUUCCUUGAGCAGAAUGAAGUUUCCUGCGGAAUAUGUGCCUGGCCCUAAUUGUACACAGCUGGUGUUUGAAACCUAUUAUCAUAUAGGUGUAGCUUUCCAAAAAAUAGAUUUACACCAUGAUGCUUCGGAAGAGUUUACGAAUGCAAUAGAAGCUGCAAGCAUCCCCAAGAGUGUCUGUCAAGUUGGUUGUGUUUCUGGCUCUUUCUACCAGACACCUGUAUUUGCAAGGAGAGCUUAUGCAUACUUAAAAUGUGAUAAAAUUAAAAAAGCAGUAUGUGAUGCUACACGAGCUGUGCAUUUAGACCCUUUGAAUCCUGAUGUGUACUGUAUCAGGGCUCUUGUAUGGAGCUCAGCAAAAGAAAAAAGGAGAGCCCUUGUUGAUUUGAACUUUAGUCUCAGACUGAAUUCGUCUCAUAUUUGCACUUUGAUCUUAAGAGGAGCUAUUUUAAAGUCUAUUGGGAGAGUUUCUUCUUCAAAGAAAAAUAAAGAUCAUGAAAAGGCAUUUACUCUUUGCUGCGAUAGUAGACAUUUCUUUGAUGUGGAAGAUUUUUAUAGUCCUAAAAUGCCCUCUUUCUACGAUAAAUUCCUGUGGUCUAUAAAUGCUUUUCACACCAUAACUGAAAUAAACCUGUUUGAUGGAGCUACAUUCAUAUCCAGCUGUAAGAUCAAAGAACAAAAUAUGAGGGGACCAUUUAAAUGUGGCACUCUGACAGCAUAUUCCGACAGCACUUCCUUAUUAAGGCGAAAAUUGUACUCAAGGGCAAAUGAAUCAGUCACAGGAAUUAACGGUAAUAAUUACACUGAUGCUUAA